UCAUUUAAAAGAUCCGAUUCAAGAGAAUCGUUCGUUCGCGAAUUGAACAGGUUACUAGUUGAUUAAAUCAGGCUGUAAACCUUAAACUGUAUGCGAGGAGCAUGACAAUAAAAAGCAUUAUCUGUUUGAUUGCAUCAAGUCCUAAAUAUUCAAACAUGAUGGUUUGUUUACACUUGAAGUUACCGCCCAUUUAAAGCCAAAGCGCAUCGCGAGAGUGAGGAAGUGACAGGCUGGUGCAUAAGCAGUGAGCAGCUGCUGGUAUCCGGUUAGUCUGUUUCAAUGGCUAAAGUGGAAAUCGCCCCUUUGAGAGGCUGGGAUGAUUUCUAUCCAGGCUCAGAGCGCUUCGCCAAACCAGACACGCGAGAUUUGUCGAAAUGGAACAACAGAGUGGUCAGCAACCUCCUGUAUUAUCAAACAAACUAUCUGGUGGUGGCAAUCGUUGUAUUCCUGAUUGUAGGGUUCAUGAACCCUGUGAGCAUGUUCACGGGUGCAGCAGUGAUCGCUUCUGUCUUCAUUGGCUCUGUAUGGGCAGGGGAGAACAAGGCAAUCAUCAAAAAAUUCAAGAAAGAGAACCCUGCCUUGUUUGUUUUCCUGGUGAUGGUCGUGAGCUACUUUCUCAUGUCACUCUUCGGUGGAGUUAUGGUAUUCCUGCUUGGAAUCAAGCUGCCACUUCUGAUGAUCUUUGCACAUGCAUCGCUUCGCCUCCGGAACAUGAAAAACAAACUGGAGAAUAAGAUGGAGAGCGCUGGACUCAAGAAAUCACCCAUGGGGAUCAUACUUGAAGCACUGGGUCAACAAGAAGAGAACUUCAGCAAAAUUCAAGACAUUCUGGAGAGCAAACUGAAGAAUGAACUCUGUCAAUAGUGCCUUUCUGAGGUUCUCACCAAUACAUGAAGGAACUGAAAUCCACUCUGUUUCUUCCAACAUGUGUAUUUGGCAAAAAAGAAAAAGUAUUUUUUCUCAUUAGUGUUUUCUGUAAAGGGAUGAACAAAUUGUUUUGAAAAAAGAGUGUUUUAUAAUGUUUGUUUACAUCUCAGGUCAAAUGUAAGAGGAUGCAAUUCAGAUCUCGUCUUUCAAAGAUCUUUUCUUUCUAUGACCUGUUGGGUAAUGUGUCAUAUGUGUGCAUAAUGAGUUCUUUUCUUUCAAAAUACAUUCAUUCUUACAUUAAGAAAAUUUAAAGUAUAACAUACGAUGUCAUCAGGUUUAUAAGAUUUAACAUCUCCAAUUUUUCUGCAGUGUGAUGAUAACUGGAAUUCUACGAAUGAAAGAGCGCAUGGUCUGGACUAAAAGUAAUGGCAACUGAAAACAUCUUAUAAUGAGGUACAAUACUUGGUUGAAGAAUGGCUUCUUUUUGUUGUUUAUGUGAACUUUAUUGAACAUCAUAUUGCUGUUGCAACUGCUUUGUAAAAGCAAUUAGCAAUCCUGCACUACAAUGAUUUACCAUAGGAAAGAGGGUUUUAGACACUCCGUUUUUUUGCAUCAUGCCUAAGAUCAUCUCUUACCUUUGGUAAAUUAAUGUAAUGCACAGCCUUCCAUGGCUCAAUGUUUUGUUGUCAACUAUUAAGUAAAAUAAGUCAUAUGUGAAUGUCCUGUGAUGCUAUACUCCUAAUCUAUGCAAAAAGUGUUAAUAAAGUAACUAUUUGGUA